CCCCUCAGAGGGAGCCCGCACUCGCGGGCCGGGGCGGCGGGUUCGGCUGCGCGGCGGGGCUGAGGCGGCGGCGGGCCGUAGCGCAGGGAGCGAAGUCUUGGCGUCGGAAUCUGUGACUGGGGACGGGGCCUCGCGCACAGGAUAUAAAGCCGUGCUUCCUGGGAAAACAAGUAAAGCUCUCUGCACGCCGGGGGCCCAGACUGAUGGCCAGCGAUGUCAGCCACUAACAAUGUAGCGCAGGCCCGGAAGCUCGUGGAGCAGCUGCGGAUCGAAGCUGGCAUCGAGCGCAUCAAGGUAUCCAAAGCCUCGUCGGAGCUCAUGAGUUACUGCGAACAGCAUGCGCGGAGCGACCCCUUGCUGGUCGGAGUCCCUGCCUCGGAGAACCCCUUUAAGGACAAGAAGCCGUGUAUUAUUCUGUAGCUCUUCUCUCCC